AUGGCCCACUCAAAGGACCAGUUCGACGACAAGGGCUUCGAGAUCGAGCACCAAGACCGCCGUCUCAGCACGGGCGUGACGGCCGACGACGUGGUCAACCCCCUCGCGGGGAUGCCGCGCGACCAACUGCUCGCCGAAGCCGACGCGUUCGUCGACAACUUUGGUUUCCAGGCAGACCGCGAUGCUUUCCGCCGCGGCGCACUCGUCGCACAGCGUCCCAGGGAGUUUGAAUCCAUCGACUGUCUUAGCGACGACGACAAGGUUGCUCUGGCCAGCGAGCGCGACCAUAUUUGGCGCCAACCACGUGCACUGAUCGUAUCGGUUGUGGUUUGCGCCCUCGGAGCCGCCACGCAGGGAUGGGACCAGACCGGUUCGAACGGUGCCAACCUCUCCUUCCCUCUCGAAUUCGGUAUCGGCGCAGCCGAGGGCCAGCCGGGAUGGCAGGCUGACGAGUGGACCGUCGGUCUUGUCAACGGCUCCGUUUACAUCUCUGCAGCGCUUAUCGGCGCGUGGCUCUCAGACCCGCUCAACCACUAUUUUGGUCGACGCGGUGAAAUCUUCAUUACUGGAAUUAUCCUCAUCAUCACCCCGAUUGCGUCCGGCUUUACUCGUACUUGGGAACAACUCACGGCGGUUCGUCUAAUCAUGGGUGUCGGAGUCGGAGCCAAAGCUGCCACCGUCCCGAUGUACUGUGCCGAGCUGUCGCCCGCCCGCAUCCGCGGCGCCCUCACCAUGGGCUGGCAGCUGUGGACUGCGUUCGGCAUUUUCCUGGGUUUCUGCGCCAAUGCCGCCGUCAUGAACACGGGUAAAAUUGCUUGGCGCCUCCAGCUCGGAUCGGCCUUCAUCCCCGCUGUGCCACUUACUCUCUUUGUGUAUUUCUGCCCCGAGUCGCCUCGGUGGUUGAUGAAGAAGGGGCGGAUGAUGGCCGCAUGGAAGGCCAUGAAGAGGGUACGCCAUACCGAGCUCCAAGCCGCCCGCGACUUGUUCUACGCCUACGUCCUCUACUCUGAGGAACAGAAGAUUGUCCAGGGAGCCACAUACUAUACCCGUCUAGUCGAGCUGUUCACCAUCCCUCGCUGCCGGCGUGCAACCGUGGCUGCAAGUGUGGUUAUGCUCGCCCAGCAGAUGUGUGGUAUCAACAUUAUGGCGUUCUACUCCUCAACCAUCUUCAAGCGCGGCGGCUUCAGCGACAGGCAAGCGCUAUUUGCGUCAAUCGGUUUCGGUGCCCUCAACUUUGUUUUCGCCAUUCCGGCCGUUUUCACAAUCGACACAUUCGGUCGCCGUGCCCUUCUCCUCACGACCUUCCCGAUCAUGUGCAUCACCCUUUUCAUCGGAGGAUUCAUGUUCCUCAUCGACAACCUCGUGGUAUCUACCGGUCUAGUGGCCCUCUUCGUCUACCUCUUUACCAUUGCGUAUUCGGUCGGCGAGGGCCCAGUUCCCUUCAUGUACUCGGCCGAAGUGUUCCCCCUGGCCCAGCGCGAACAGGGAAUGGCGUGGAGUGUCUGCGUCUGCUUCUUCUUCGGCGCAGUCCUUUCAUUUACGUUCCCAAUCAUGCUGCGUACCUUUACGCCGACUGGUGCAUUCGUCUUCUACGCCGGCCUCAAUGCCCUCGCAUUCUUCAUGAUCUUCCUCUGGGUCCCCGAGACCAAGCAACUCACCCUCGAAGAACUGGACCAGACAUUUAGCGUCAAGACCAGCACAUUCAUCAAGCAUAACAUCCGCACUGUGGUGCCAUGGUGGUUCAAGCGCUACAUCCUCCGCAAGAAGGACAUUGGACCGUGUCCGCCAAUCCAGAUCGAGCGUUCCAGCAGCCUUUCUCCUGUACAGACGCUCUCGCUUGAGGCAUCCAGCACACCGAAUGGAGCUGAGAAAGCCUAG